GCAGCACACUACAUAUAUUACGCCCCGUCCUAGGAGCUAAAACCGUGAGAAUGCCCGUUGAGCACGCAUUGAGAAUGCCGGCGGGGAGCGUACCUGUGGCCAUAAUGCUUUGUUUUGCUCUGGUGGUGGCCUUGCUGAUGAUUCAUAUGGCGUUUAGAUGGAACAGCGGUAGGCGCCCAUGCAAGGCAACAGGGGCGAGGCUGCUGCUGCCGCCGGGGUCGAGGGGUUUCCCCUUCAUUGGCGAGUCGUUCCAGUUCUUCGCCGGGAGCGCAUCGCUGGAGCUGCUCCCAUUCUUGAAGCGACGUCUGGACAGGUACGGCCCAAUCUUCAGGACGAACCUGCUGGGCGAAGACCUGAUCGUGUCCCUAGACCAAGAGCUGAACAACCUGGUGUUCCAGCAAGAAGAGAAGCUGUUCCAGAUCUGGUACCCGGAGUCGCUCAUGAGAAUCCUGGGAGCCGACUGCAUCAUCGCGACGCUGGGCUCUUUCCACAAGCACCUCAGGACUCUGGUCCUUCGCCUCUUCGGCCCUGAGAACCUCAGGCUCGUCCUGCUCCAGGACGUGCAGCGGACGGCCCAGGCCAGCCUGCUCUCCUGGCUCGAUCAGCCCAGCAUCGAAGCCAAAGAGGCCACCUCAAGUAUGAUAUUCAGCGUUACGGCGAAGAGGUUAAUCAGCUACGACUCAUCAAACUCAGACGGGAAGCUGUGGAAGCAAUUCGAUGCGUUUCUUCGGGGACUACUAGCAUUCCCUCUAUACAUUCCUGGCACUGCAUUCUACAAAUGCAUGCAGGGACGGAAGAAUGUAAUGAGAGUUUUAAGGGAAUUGCUCGAGGAGAGGAAGAAGGCACCACGUCGGGAGAGCACUGACUUUAUUGAUCUCCUGAUAGAGGAUUUAAAGGAGGAGGAACAUUUGAUGAACGAGAGAGUUGCUUUGGAUUUGCUCUUCUUGCUGCUCUUCGCCGGCUUCGAGACCACGUCGUCCGGGAUAACUGCAGCACUCAGGUUCCUGACCGACGAUCCCAAGGCCCUGCAGGAACUAACAGAGGAGCACGACAACAUCCGGAAAAGAAGGGCGGAUCCGGACUCUGAAAUCACAUGGGAGGAAUACAAGUCCAUGAAAUUUACAUCUCAUGUUACACUAUCCCAAAAGGAUCAAAGGUCAUGGUUAGUCCUUCUAGUGUUCACUUCGAUCCGACAGUUUACAAGGAUCCCAAUGCGUUCAAUCCUUGGAGGUGGAAGGAUACUGCAGAACCAGUUGGUGGCGCCUCCAAGGAAUUUAUGGCCUUUGGAGGCGGUCUGCGGUUAUGUGUUGGUGCUGACUUUGCUAAGCUGCAAAUGGCUAUCUUCCUUCAUUGCUUAGUUACUAAAUACAGAUGGAAAGCUAUCAAGGGAGGAACCAUGGUACUUGCCCCUGGACUACAGUUUCCCGGUGGGUUUCACAUCCAACUUCUCCCAAGAGCUUGAUGCGAGGUUCUUGAUCGCUGCAAUACCCACCGGCACCACUAAGCCUCAGGGGCAUAUGGAAUUGAGUCAUGGAACUGGGAUUACUGAAUAAACUCUUUAUUAAGGAACAUACUCGUAAGGGUUUAGUGAGAAUGAAGUCUUUGUAAUUUUUAUUUUCUGCUUACCCUACCUAUAGAAGUGUGAUUUCACCGAGCUGUAUUGCUAAAAGAAUAGUACUAAAUGUUACUACUACAUUGCCAUAUUUUGCUGACAAA